AUGUCUGCUAAAAGAAAACCAGAAACACAAGUGCCAGCUGAAGAAAGUGACUUAUUAUCAAUUAGACCACUUGGAGCUGGUCAAGAAGUAGGAAGAUCAUGUAUCAUGUUAGAAUUUAAAGGCAAAAAAAUUAUGUUAGAUUGUGGUAUUCAUCCUGGUUUAUCUGGUAUGGAUGCAUUACCAUUUGUGGACUUAGUAGAAGCAGAUGAAAUUGAUUUAUUAUUAAUUUCACAUUUUCAUUUGGAUCAUUGUGGAGCUUUACCAUGGUUUCUACAAAAAACUAGUUUUAAAGGACGAUGUUUUAUGACUCAUGCUACUAAAGCUAUUUAUCGUUGGCUCUUGUCUGAUUAUAUUAAAGUAAGCAACAUUGCAACAGAACAAAUGUUAUAUACUGAAUCUGAUUUAGAAACUAGUAUGGAUAAAAUAGAAACUAUCAAUUUUCAUGAAGAAAAAGAUGUAUUUGGAAUAAAAUUUUGGGCUUAUAAUGCUGGUCAUGUAUUAGGUGCUGCUAUGUUCAUGAUAGAAAUAGCAGGUGUUAAAAUUUUAUAUACUGGAGAUUUUAGUCGACAAGAAGAUAGACAUUUAAUGGCAGCUGAAAUUCCAAAUAUUCAUCCAGAUGUUUUAAUUACUGAGUCUACUUAUGGUACACAUAUACAUGAAAAAAGAGAAGAUCGUGAAGGAAGAUUUACAAAUUUAGUUCAUGAAAUUGUUAAUAGAGGUGGAAGAUGUUUGAUACCAGUAUUUGCAUUAGGUAGAGCACAAGAACUUCUUCUUAUUUUAGAUGAAUAUUGGAGUCAACAUCCUGAACUUCAUGAAAUUCCUAUAUAUUAUGCCUCUUCUUUAGCAAAAAAGUGUAUGGCUGUUUAUCAAACUUAUGUAAAUGCAAUGAAUGAUAAAAUUAGAAGGCAAAUAGCUAUCAACAAUCCUUUUGUAUUUAAACAUAUUUCAAAUUUAAAAGGAAUUGAUCAUUUUGAAGAUAUUGGACCAUGUGUAGUAAUGGCUUCUCCUGGUAUGAUGCAAAGUGGAUUAUCAAGAGAAUUAUUUGAAUCUUGGUGUACAGAUGCAAAGAAUGGAGUUAUAAUUGCUGGUUAUUGUGUGGAAGGAACAUUAGCAAAAACUAUUUUGUCAGAACCUGAAGAAAUUACAACUAUGUCUGGACAAAAGUUACCAUUAAAAAUGUCUGUUGACUACAUAUCAUUUUCGGCACAUACAGAUUAUCAACAAACUUCAGAAUUUAUACGUAGUUUAAAACCACCACAUGUUGUGCUUGUACAUGGAGAACAAAAUGAAAUGGGUAGAUUAAAAGCAGCAUUACAAAGAGAAUAUGAAGAUGAUCCAAAUACAACAAUGGAGAUACAUAAUCCUAGAAAUACUGUUGCUGUAGAAUUAUAUUUCAGAGGAGAAAAAACUGCCAAAGUAAUGGGCACAUUAGCAAUGGAAACACCUAAACCAGGGCAAACAUUAUCUGGAGUUCUAGUUAAAAGAAAUUUCAAUUAUCAUAUGCUUGCACCUUGUGAUUUAUCAAAAUAUACAGAUAUGAGUAUGAGUCAAGUUAUUCAAAGACAAAGUGUAUAUUUUUCAGCAUCAUUACUAGUAUUAAAACAUUUAUUAACUCAAAUUGCUGGAAAUUUAGAAGUUGUAGAUGACAAAAAAUUACGUGUUUUUAAGAAUAUUGAUGUUACAAUUGAUGGAAAAAUUGUUACAAUGGAAUGGGUCGCAACACCUGUAAAUGAUAUGUAUGCAGAUUCCGUUUUGACUGCAAUAUUACAAGCUGAAAUGAUGGAACAACCACUCAAAGUAUUACCUGCACCUACAAAAAUGGAUCGAAUGCAUUUUAAAGAAUGUUUGAUAGAGAUGCUACAAGAAAUGUUUGGUGAAGAUUCUGUUCCUAAAAUUUUCAAAGGAGAAAAAUUAUAUGUAACAGUUGAUGGGAAAAAAGCACAUAUAGAUUUAUUAAAUUUAGAAGUAACUAGUAAAGAAGAUGAAACUUUUCAACAAAUAGUACAAACAGCAGUAACAAAAUUGCAUCAAUCACUUGCACCUCCCUGUGAUACAAUUUAAAAAAUAUUUCUUUAUAAAUUACAUAUUAAAUAUAAUACUUAUAAAAUUAUUAAUAAGUAUAUAAGUAUAUUAUUAGAAAAUGUUAAAAUACAAAGACUUUUAUUUAUUGUACAAUUCAAUGGUAUUGUAUAAUACAAACAUUUGUUCAUUUUUAUAAUAAUAAUAAUAUUAAUAAGUAAAAGUAUAAAAAUUAAA